GAAUGUAAAAUGUAAACAAAAAAACAAACACAAAAUUAAUGUUCGUCGCGCAAUAUAAAUCACCGAAGCAGUCAAACAAAACAAUAUUAAAGACAACCAAUCUGAUAAAAAUAAGGCAAACAUAGUAUAGAUUGAGGCACAAAUCAGAAACAGGCACUAUACACACGCACACAAAUCAAAAAGCAAACAAGGCGGCUGUGCGGGGCAGAGGAUCCUUUCUUUGCUGUUUGAUAGGAAACCGAGGCACUGUUGUGCUUGCGUCCGCCACAAAAAUGGGCGCUUGUGUAUGUCGCAUGAAUCCCGACAACGAGACUAUGAGCGUCUCGUCGGCGAGCAUAUCGCGUCCACCCAGUGCAGGCAUUGCCUUGGGCGCGUCGCGCAAAAAUCGCCCACUCUGCCAUGAGACAAUACGCUGGCGUUCCGAUGUGCCAUUGACCGAGGGACAGCUGCGCUCAAAGCGGGACGAGUUCUGGGAUACGGCCCCGGCCUUUGAUGGUCGCAAAGAAAUCUGGGAUGCCCUGCGCGCCGCCACCAAUGCCGCCGAGGGGCUGGAUUUUCAAAUGGCCCAGGCCAUACUGGAUGGGGCCAACGUGUCAGUGCCAAAUGGCUACCUCACAGAGUGCUACGAUGAGCUGGGCACGCAGUACAAGGUGCCUAUCUACUGUCUGUCAUAUCCCAUUAAUAUCGUGAAGGAGGAGAAUGGACGAGACUCGCCCGCUGAAUACUCAGAGCCAGUGGAUGGCGGCACCGAGAUCUUUCUCAAGCUGCGCAUAUCAUCGAGCAUGACUGAUGUUAAACUGCCAGUAUACUCCAAGGAUACGGUGGGACAGUGCAAGAAGAAGUUGCAGGCUACGGAGGGUGUGGAUGCAUGUUGCCAGCGUUGGUUCUACAGUGGGAAACUGUUGGGCGACAAGGUGCCCAUCGACGAAUGCAGCAUACACCAGGGCUAUGUGGUCCAAGUGAUUAUCAAUACGGAGCACUACAACCACGACAAUAGCACGAGUACGGUGCACAUGUCGCUUGCGAGCUAGCGGCGCAAGCAACCCAAACUAGUCAACAGCAAGCCACGACAGCAGCAGCAACAAGCACAGGAACAACAGGAGCAACACUCGCAGAAGGCGGAGGACGAGGCCAAAGGAAACAGAAUCAUGAAUAAUGUCAUAUACUCAAUCUGUCGCACAAAAAGCCCAAUCUGUGAUGAUGUACAGCGCAAAGGGAGACAGCAAAGGCUACAGAAACAGCAAACAUAUUGCAUUUAUCAAAAUCCGCAGCAAUUACAAAUUGUUGCUCUCUCUGCCUUGUUGUUAUUGUUGUUUAUAUGGCUGCUCGCCUUGUUAUGCUGUGUGUAAUAUAUUUAAAAACAAAAAAUCAAAUAACAAAAAAAAGAAACCACAAAAAAAUGAUAGAAAGGGAAAUUGCAAAGGGAAAAUGAUUGUAAGAAGAACAUAAAAUAUAAUGUAAUAUUAUACAUAUAUAUUUUUUUGAUAAUAAUUACAGAUAAUACAACAGAUUAAGGAAAUCUUUAUAAAGCAUAUAUAAUUUAUAUAUAAAUGAAGGCAGAGAGCAUUACAGAACUUCUCGAUUGAACAACUAGAAACUGUAAAUUUUUAUAUCGAAAUCAGCAACAACAAAAUUGAAGAUUAGAGCAAACCAUAAGCUAAUUAUUAACUAAUUGUAAGCAAGUGUUAGAGCAUUUGCCUAAUUCUAAUAUCUGAAGCAAGUUAGCUAAAAUCUGUAGUAUUUCGGCCGCAACAAAACCAAUCAAACCGAUUUUUUGAUACUGUACAAAAUGCCAAGCACAAUAAAAGAUUGUGAGAGAAAAUCCGUAAUUAGAAACAAUACAAAAACAGAAAAAACAAUACAAAUAAUUGUUAAAAAUCUAUAUUUCUUGCUCAAAAUGUAGUUAACACGAUUGAAGGGGGGUUUGAUUAUACGAGUAGUGGGAGGAGAAGUAUCGGAGUUGAAGAGUUAACCCAAGUACCUUAUAAAUGUAUAUGAUUUAUUUCGCUUUUAGUGUUAAGAAUGCAAUCGGAAACGAAACUGAAGUGAAUAUUAUUUAUUUAUCUGUCAAGCACAUACAUUUUUUUGGUUCUUCUCUUUGUAUUGUAUAAUUUUUCUUUCAAAAUAAAUUCGAUUACGGAAAUGAUUGCAAGGAAGGAAAUAAAAUAAAUGAAUAAUACUGAGAUUAGCGGAUCGGCCCUCAUGGAUUUUAUAUGUUAGUUCAUCAUUAGUUUUACUCUAUUUACCUUUCUACAUACAUACUUAUACAUAUAUGAAAAUUAAGUGCGUUGCGAAACUAUAAGAGAAAGGCGGGAUUUUCCUGUACAUAUUCUUAUAAUAUAUCAAAAUUAAUAUCAUUAAUUAAACAAAAUAAGAAAACAUGAUGAUGCGAA